UCUUGUCUUUUUCUCUUUUAUAUAUAUACUAAAAAACAGAAAAAUAGGGUAAAAUGGCAGAGAAGGGAACAAGAUCAAAGCUUUUAGCUCCAACUCGUCCAUCAAUAACUUUACCACCAAAACAAGGCAUGGAGGGCUUAUUUUCAGGUGGUUUAGGACCGAGUCCAGGGCCUAUGACACUGGUUUCAGCUUUUUUUCCCGACCUUGACUCAUUGAAGCGGCCUUUCUCUCAGCUUUUAGCUUCAGCAAUGGCUUCACCUAGAGCUAGAUUACCUCACAGUUCAAUGGAUGCUUCAUUUAUGGAUGUGGGUUUUAAAGAUGGAGGUGAAAAAGGCCCUGGGUUUAAGCAAAACAGACCUUUGAAUUUCGAGUCUCCUUUCUUCACUGUGCAUCCUGGGUUCAGCCCAUCUGGUUUGCUUAAUUCUUCAACCUUCUUUUGUCUUUCUCCUCAGAGUCCUUUCGGAAUAUCCCACCAGCAAGCAUUGGAACAGGUCACAGCUCAAGCUUCCCUAACACAAUCCCAUGUUCGUCCACAAACUGAAUAUCAAACAUUGUCAGUAUCAGCUACUUCGGAGUUGUUGAUCUGUCAUCCGUCCUUCACUCCCGAAGAAACGUUGCAGUUGAUGCCUCAUUCAGCCUCGGAACCUGAAAGUUCAGCAGUGGAAUACUUGGAAGCUUCUCAAUCUUAUAGGAAAAACCAACUCUCGAUAGCGGUGGAUAAGCCUGCCGAAGAUGGCUACAACUGGCGUAAGUACGGGCAGAAACCUAUUAAAGGCUGUGAAUAUCCUCGAAGCUACUACAAGUGUACGCAUUCAAAUUGCCCCGUCAAAAAGAAGGUUGAACGAUCAGCUGAUGGCCAUAUAACCGAAAUCAUAUACAAAGGUGCACACAAUCAUGAUAAGCCUCAGCCAAAUAAACAAGCAAAGAGUGGUACUGAUGGAAAUUCAAAUUUGCUGGCAAAUCCUGAUUUCGGUUCUCAGUGUGAAGCAUUAAAUUCGAACAAGUUAAGUGAAACAAUGUCAUCUCAAGCUGCGGAAUUACCUGGAUCAAGUGACAGCGAGGAAGGAUGUGAUGAAGAGAGUCGAGAAGAAAGAGAUGAUGAUGAACCAAAUCCGAAAAGCAGGAAUACUGCGAGAGAAGCCUCAGUUGUGUUGUCACACAAGACGGUCACGGAACCAAAAAUUAUCGUACAAACAAGAAGUGAAGUUGACCUUUUAGAUGAUGGCUAUAGGUGGCGCAAAUAUGGACAAAAAGUGGUCAAAGGGAACUCUCAUCCAAGGAGUUAUUACAAAUGCACGAGUGCCGGAUGCAAUGUUAGGAAGCAAGUUGAAAGAGCAUCGACCGAUCCCAAAGCCGUCAUAACAACAUAUGAGGGUAAACAUAAUCACAGCGUUCCAGCGGCUAGAAACAGUAGCCACAACACAGCCAACAACAGUUUACCGCAGCCGAAACCGCUAAAGAUGGCUGCCGAGAAUGAGAACCGUGCUUUGCUUAAAGAGAUGGAUUUUGGGGGACCAGCCGUUUUAAGACUAAAGGAGGAGCAGAUGAGAGUGUAAUCCCCUACCUGCUAAAAGGUGCUAGAAGAACAGGAGGUAUGGUCCUCCGGCAGCUUGUCCAGGCCAUAUAACACGGUAUGAAAAAUGAGUAAGCUUGUGACAGUAAGGGCCGAAUAAAUGCAGCUAAAAUUGAAUGAUAAAAUCGACUAAACCAUUAUUUGACUACCCAAUUUUGCAUGUUGGAAUUUAUAACUAAUGUUGUAGAUUAUAUCAGAGGUUGUUCAAGUUGCUAGGGCUUGUUUGCUGCAGCUGGUGCUGAUUUAUGCUUUGUAAGGUUCGGUUAACAACAAUGACCAUUUUGAUCCUAUGUUGCUCGGAUUUGUGUCUGUUGGAUUCGAGCUUGUGUCUGACAUGAAUAUGCUUAAUGUUUUUUAGAAAAAAAUUUAUUUGUAUCAAAAGCUUUUGGAGUAUCAUA